AUGUCGGUCGCCAAUCCAUCGACACCCGCCAAGUCUUUGGCGGCGGCGGGCGGCGAGAGCAAGGGCAAGGGCGGCGUCUCGCCCAUCGCCACGCUCGCCUUCGGUGCGCUCUCGGGGGGUGCAUCGUGCAUCCUGCUGCAGCCUUUCGACCUGCUCAAGACGAGACUACAGCAGCUCGACGCAUCCGAGUCUCGCAAGCCCCGUUCGGCGAGCUUAGCCCACCUGUCGCGCACGCAGAAGCUCAAGAAUGUCACAGUCAACAUCGUCGAAACGCAAGGGUGGCGGGGCCUGUGGCGAGGGACGGUGCCGACGGUCGUGCGCAACGUGCCCGGCGUCGCCCUCUACUUCUACUCGGUGUCCAGCCUGCGUGCCUUUGCGUCGACGCACCAGGUGCCCUUUGUCUCGGUGACCGGCUCCAACCUCGAAAGUGGCAGCGGCAGCACGAGCACCAUGGCGAAGCUCUCGACGGUCGGCAACCUGGCGACGGGCGCCGUGGCGAGGGUCGCCGUCGGCUUCAUCCUCAGCCCGGUGACGGUGGUCAAGGCCAGAUUCGAGUCGUCCAACUUUUCGCACACCGCCGAGUCGUCCCUGCGCUCGUCGCUGCGUGAGAUCUACUCGCACGGCGGCUUCCGCGGCUUCUUCCAGGGGUUCACUGCCACGGCGUUGAGAGACGCACCGUACGCCGGGCUCUACCUGGCGCUGUAUGAAGGGUGCAAGGUGGAGCUCGCAGCCCUCACAAGAAGCGCGGACGGGUCCGCAGGGUCCGGGACGGGCAGCUGGGGCGUCGUGACGGCGAGCGGUCUGGUGGCCGGUACGUUGGCGACUGUCCUGACGCAUCCGUUCGACAUCAUCAAGACGAGGAUGCAGACCACACCGCCGGAGCUGCUGGCCGAGAUCAGCGGCAAGCCAUUGGGACCCGGUCGGCCGCCACGGCCCUCUCUUGUCGCCAUGACGCGGCAUCUCUUGGCCACGUCCGGUCCUCGAGCGCUCCUCGAUGGGUUAGGGCUGCGGUGCGCGAGAAAGGCAGCGAGCAGCGCCAUCGGCUGGGGCAUCUUUGAGGGCGGUCGGACGUGGUACCGCGAACGCGAGAACAGCAGAUUGCUCUCGCAGCAGGCGACGGCCAAGUCGACCGAGGGCGUACAGGUGCAGGGAUAG